AUGUCCACCUUGUCCGAGCUAUCUCGGCAUAGGACUUCAAGUGGUUCGCCUAUUGCCAAUCCUUGGACUGACUACUCUGCCAGAUCACUUUUACGCAUGUCUACUUCUCAAAACUCUACACCCGAUCGGAUACCUAAAGGGUUUGAGCAGUUUUUUGAAACUGCUCGCAAGAAUUCCAAGAAAGCUGCUGAUACCAAAGACAGCCGUUCUUCAGAUUCUGAUCCUGACGACGACGAAAGCAAUAAGAAACGAAGCACUAAUUCCCAAAAGGAGCAAGACAAGGAUUCAAACGACAAGAAUGGACCUGGACAGUCUUCUGACAAACGCAAAGGCUCAAAAGCCCCUCCAAAAGAUGGCGCUCCAGAAAUAUUUGAAUUCAAACUUAACUUGACUCCUGCAAACAUUGCAUUGUAUGGAUUGCCCUUGCUUUUCUUUUCCUGGCAAUUGUAUAGUCAGAUAGCAAGUGAUCAAGAAAUUACUUAUCAUGACUUCCGCAACAACAUGCUUGAUAAGGGGUAUGUCGAUCAUCUGGUAGUGGUCAAUAGAAAUGCUGUCAAAGUGUACCUGCGUCCAGAUGCUCCACAAAUGGCCCAUGUUGCCAAAAUCUCUGGAACUCCCAACAUUAGUCAUUUUCAUUUUACUAUUGGAAGCGUUGAAUCGUUUGAACGGAAUUUGGAAAUUGCUCAACGAGAACUUGGUAUUCCCACUCAUGAGCGCAUCCCGGUUUCUUUUACCAGUGAACUUAGCACAUCCUCUAUGCUUUUUACUCUAGCACCCACUCUUAUCUUUGUUGGUUUUAUCUACUGGAUGUCAAAACGCACCGGUGGUGCUGGAGGCGCGCAGGGAAUCUUUAGCAUGGGUAAAUCUCGAGCAAAACUUUUCAAUAGAGAAACUGAUAUCAAGGUCAAGUUCAAGGAUGUUGCCGGUAUGGAUGAAGCCAAGGAAGAAGUCAUGGAGUUUGUCAAAUUUUUGAAAGAUCCCGAUCACUAUGAAAAGCUAGGUGCCAAGAUUCCAAAAGGUGCUGUGCUGUCUGGUCCUCCAGGAACAGGAAAGACAUUGCUUGCCAAGGCUACUGCAGGCGAGGCUGGUGUUCCCUUUCUAAGUGUAUCUGGAUCCGAAUUCAUCGAGAUGUUUGUUGGUGUCGGCUCUUCACGUGUUCGUGAUCUAUUCGCUAGUGCCAAAAAAUACGCUCCUUGUAUUAUUUUUAUUGACGAGAUUGAUGCCAUUGGCAAGGCCCGUUCCAAGGGUGGUCAGAUGGGUGGAAAUGACGAACGUGAGAGCACUCUUAAUCAGCUUCUUGUAGAAAUGGACGGCUUUGAGUCGACAGAGCAUGUUGUUGUGCUCGCUGGUACUAAUAGACCUGAUGUUCUUGAUCCCGCACUUUUGCGUCCUGGUCGAUUUGAUCGUCAAAUUUCUAUUGAUCUGCCAGACAUCAAGGGUCGUGUUGCCAUCUUCAAGGUUCAUUUGCGACCUAUCAAGACACCCGAAGAUAUUGAAAAACUGGCUCGAAGACUUGCUGCACUCACCCCUGGAUUCUCUGGUGCCGAUGUAGCCAAUGUGUGCAAUGAGGCGGCUUUGAUUGCUGCUCGUGGUAACGCUCCCUCUGUUUUGAUUACUCACUUUGAAGCCGCCAUUGAGCGUGUUAUUGCUGGUCUUGAAAAACGUUCUCGUGUUCUCUCUCCUCAUGAGAAACGAAUUGUUGCACACCAUGAAGCUGGCCAUGCUGUUGCUGGAUGGUUUCUUGAGCAUGCUCAUCCACUUCUUAAAGUAUCCAUCAUUCCUCGUGGUAUGGGUGCUCUGGGCUAUGCUCAGUAUCUGCCAAAGGAAGAAUACUUGCAGUCGACUGCUCAAAUGCUUGAUAUGAUGUGCAUGACUUUGGGUGGACGUGUUUCUGAGCAGAUUUUCUUCAACUCCAUCACAACUGGUGCGCAGGAUGAUCUGCAAAAGGUGACCAAGAUGGCGUAUGCACAGGUAUCCACUUAUGGUAUGAGCGAAGCGCUCGGAAAUAUUUCAUAUGGUCGUCCUGACAGCCAGGAUGGUCAAUUUCAGAAACCUUACUCUGAGUCGACAUCUAAAAUGAUCGAUGAUGAAGUGCGUAAAAUUAUUGCUGCCGCUUUUGAGCGUACUAUUAAGCUGCUUACUGAGCGCAAGGAAGAUGUAUCCAAAGUUGCUCUUUUACUUUUAGAAAAAGAAGUUAUUGGGCGUGAUGAUAUGAUUACACUUCUGGGUCCCAGACCGGGCGGUGAAUCUGGAAAUUAUAUUGAAUAUUUGGGUGAUGGCAACUUUUUACGAGAUGAUGAUCCCCAUAAAACUCCUAAACUCUAA